GAGGUACUGCUGUGUGUAACCUGUGGACAGCAGCAGCAGGCUCCCACGGAUGUGAAAGCCCUAGGAGGCUGGUAGAGGAAGAGAGUGGAGACGUCACAUAGAUGCAAGCAGCCGUAGCUGCCUCACCGCUAAUCACACAUUACCUACAAGCUAACCAUUCCGUGCUCUACAUGGCUCGCCUUUGAUACAUCAUCGCAGAGCCCAAUUGGCACACUCGCAUUCCACAAAAAUUGAAAUUUAACGACCUUGCGGAACGGGGAAUAUUUUUUUUCACCGUCACAAAUAUUAAUUGGUCCCCCUCCUCUUGCAUCCGAGAACAGUCUGACUUGGCUAGCGUCAGGCUAGCCAGCUAGCUAGCUAGCUACUCGUAUCGCUAACGGUGGUUAGCUAGCUAGCGAGCUGUGGUAACUUGCGUCAUGGACGAGCUUCUAGUGGAAGUGAGGGGGACAAGCGGCGCCUUUUAUAAGGCUUUUGUGAAGGAUGUCCAUGAAGGAUCGGUCACAGUAGCAUUUGAAAACAACUGGCAGCCGGAGCGCCAGAUCCCAUUCCACGAUGUGCGAUUUCCUCCUCCAACAGGGUUCUGCAAAGAGAUAAAUGAGAGCGAUGAGGUUGAGGUGUACUCCAGGUCUAAUGACAAGGAACCAUGUGGUUGGUGGCUGGCCAAGGUUCGCAUGGUCAAAGGAGAGUUUUAUGUUAUAGAGUAUGCUGCAUGUGAUGCAACAUUAAACGAGAUUGUGACGCUGGAGCGGUUACGGCCGAUCAAUCCAAACAAACCAGCUACCAAAAAUACCUUCCUCAAGAUCAGACUGGACGUCCCUGAUGAUCUACGGCAGAUGUGCUCCAAGGAAUCAGCACACAAAGACUUCAAAAAGGCCGUGGGAGCGUUCAGUGUCACUUAUGACUCAGAGAAGAAGCAGCUCGUCAUCUUGUCGGUGAAUGAGGUCACGGCAAAGCGGGCCAACAUGAUGAGCGACAUGCACUUCAGGAGCCUCCGCACCAAACUGUCUCUCAUGCUGAGGAAUGAAGAGGCCAGCAGACAACUGGAGAGCUCCCGGCAGCUGGCAUCACGCUUCCAUGAACAAUUUGCAGUACGUGAUGAUUUGAUGGGGCUCGCCAUCGGGACUCAUGGGGCCAACAUUCAGCAAGCCCGUAAAGUUCCUGGAGUUACUAAUAUCGAUCUGGAUGAAGAGACGUGCACCUUCCAUAUUUAUGGAGAGGACCAGGAUGCUGUUCGUAUGGCAAGGAGUUUCCUGGAGUUUUCCGAAGAUGUCAUUAAAGUUCCCCGGAACUUAGUAGGAAAGGUGAUUGGGAAGAGUGGCAAACUGAUCCAGGAAGUGGUUGAUAAGUCUGGCGUGGUGCGUGUUCGCAUCGAGCCUGAGAAUGACAAAAAGCCCUCGGUGGCAUCGGCAUCGGUGGCGGCGGCGGCAGCAGGAGACGAGGGAAUGGUGCCAUUUGUAUUUGUGGGGACCAAGGAAAGCAUCUCCAAUGCAACGGUACUGCUGGACUACCACCUCAACUAUCUGAAGGAGGUGGACCAGCUUCGUCUAGAGCGUCUUCAGAUCGACGAGCAGCUGAGACAAAUAGGAGGCGGGGCUAGUGUAGGAGGAACGGGCCCACGAAAUCCUAAAGACAAAAGCUAUGUGUUUGAUAAUGGCACAGGCCUCGGGAGAGGAGCCGGAGGAGGGAAGCCCUAUGGAGGAGGAGGAGGAAGAGGCGGUCGAGGACGAAGAGGAGGGGGUGCAGCGUUUGCAUCAGGCACCAACUCAGAGGCAUCCAACGCUUCAGAGACGGAGUCAGACCACAGAGACGAGCUCAGCGAUUGGUCACUGGCUCCCACUGAGGAGCUAAUGACAGGAGGUGGAACCUUGCCAAGACGAACGGAUGGCAGGAGGAGAGGCGGUGGCGGAGGACCUCGAGGACGAGGGGGUAGAGGACGAGGAGGAUAUAAAAGUGAUGAUGUGCAGUGGAGCGACCCGAGGCCUCGCCAUAGCAGAGACCCCAAGACAAGAGCGCAGGAAGACACCCUACAGAUCCGUGUGGACGGGAACAAUGAACGUAGCGUGCAGCAUUCCUCAGGCGGGAGAGGAGGUGGGCCUUCUUCAUCGCAGGGUGGCAUCAGCGCCAGCAGCGAGGGCCCUCCACGCCAUCAUCACCGGCCCAUCAGAGACCGAGGGAUGAAGAAGGAGAAGCAGGAUGCUCCCCCUCUGGUGAACGGAGUGUCGUAAAUGCAUCACUGGUGGACCUUCCCACUCUGACACAUAUACUCCGAAAUGAACACACACUCUCACACAGCCACACACACGUCACACAAAACACAAUGGGUCUUUAACCAUCCAUAGUUUAGUUUUUUUCUGUUUUCAGUAAUCACGGUAAUAGACAGGAGGUUCAAUUCCAUCAGCAUGGAAGGCUUAUGGUAGUGAAGACCAUGCUGGUCUGCUACAUGGAUGUUCUCGACCAACAAACUUUCUGUCGAAACACAUCCAACGUUGAGUUAUAUGCAUCGCUUCUCCUCUAUUAGCAACAUGGUGACGCUACGCAUGCUAGCCUUCACUCUCUCUGCACCUUGAGGUUUCCUACCUGACCUUAAGACCUCCCUUUUUCAUGUGCUUGGGGCACAACGAGUCCAGUGCUCCACCCUGGUGAAGUACGGGCAAUAUCUUCCAUGACGCAUCAAUAUCAGCUUCUGUGAUUGCUUGUACUGUAUUCAACUUGCAAAUAAUUGUAACGAUAAGCGGCACUCAUACUAACAACAUGUCCCUUAUCUUAACCGGACUGUCAUCCUGCCGCAACGGUGACCUGGUCUUGGACCGCAUCCACACACUCAUCUUUGAUCCAUGACCUGAGCCUGCUUUCACACGAGGCUCCUCUGUUGGGCAGGCAGCAUGAACCCCCCCUCCUGGGAUCAGGACCCCCCUGUUGUCUGUGGACGACGUUUGACAGCACUCAGCUAAAGUUGGGAACUUCAGUGUUGAGUAGAAUCGGAUGUCUGAAAUCCGACAUGACAAAUGGCCAUGGAUUUCACUAAUGUCAGGGUGGAGAAAACCCUUUACCGCGUUAGAACAGGAUACAUUUGUAGGCCCGCCUUACAGGGGCUUGAUCUGUAUUUAGCCUUGUUUAGUAAGACACCUUUUCCGUGAGUUGGGAUGGAAUGGGUCAACUUUUUUGGUGGAUCUUAAGAGUGUUGGUGUUUUGUCUUUCGAAGAUGAUGAUAUGAUAACAUAAGUCCAUGGCACUCAGAUGCAAAUCAACUACAAUGGAACCUUGGUUUUUUCUCAGUAAUUUGUUCCAAAAGUGUGUCAAAAACAGAUCAUACAAAAACCAAAGCAAUUUUUCCCAUUGUCAAAUUUGUUCACAACACCGAAAACUAUAAAGAAAACACAUUUUAUAGAGAAUAAUUAUAGUUUUACACGCAGAAAACAAUGUGUUAAAUGCAUAUAAAUUAAGAAUGAAAUGAAUGAUGAAUGCCCUGUGGUGACCUCUGGCCCGAAUACAGCUGGGAUAGGCUCCAGCACCCCAGCGACCUUCGUGAGGAUAAGCAGCAGAAAAUGAAUGAAUGAUGAACAUACUUUGCUACAAGUUCUUUCUUGAAUAAUACUGUUUCUCACCACAUUUUCCCCCAUGGUGGCUUAUUUUGCAGUUAGCUUCCAUUUUAAAAAGGCUGUAUACCAACACGUUUGGACGCUUUGUUUGGUCACUUGAUUCCACAGAACGAUACACCUGCAAAUAGACUCGUUUGUUCUGCACAAUUACAGUGGAACAAAAGAUGACAAAUGAUGUACUGCAUUUCGGUGACGGCUGCCAUUCAGCCACGUCAUACAACCUCGACAUGUUUGAUGGUUCAAGCGGAACUUCAUUCCCUGCAUUUAAAAUACAAGUGCGUCAUUGGAAAGUUAACUAAAAUGAUUGAAGUCUGAGCAUAAAAGUCAUUUAAAAAGCUUUUUAAAAGUUGUUUCUAUCUCCGUGCCUUGGAUUUAUGCUUCUCUUUGGGUUCUUUUGCAAGCACCUGACUGCUUAUGUUAUUUUCAGACCCCUUCCAACGCUAAUUUGUGGUUCCCACACGUACCGUCUGGUCUCAUAGCAUCUUUUUUCCAAAACGCUCCCAUCGUGAUUUCUGAGGCCAGUAUUUCCUUUCUGUUGUACUUAUUUUUACAGAACUAUCAAUGGUGAUUUAUUUCUCACUGCAAAGCAUCCAAAAGUGGUUCAAGUACAAAUAAUAUUUUUACUGUCCGUCAAACAUUCACCGAAUGGAGUUGUUUAGUUUGUUUGAAGAGCGAGGGUGGCAUACUGUAUAUAAUGAUGUCAUUAUUUGUCUGGAGAAAAAGAUUUGUACUAUUAUUUCAAAUGUGCACUUAUCCUUAUUUUCUUUCUUUUUUGCUGUUUGAUAUCAGUUGAAUGCUAGAUCUCUUGAUAAUAAACUUGCUGUAAAAAGUAUCCUCCAUAGCAGGGUUGAGUCACAUUGAUAGUGAAAUGUCCUCAAAUAUAAAAUAUUCCUUCACGAGUGGAUGUCCUAAAAUGUGUUACAUAGUUGUGUUUUAAGGACUGUCUAUUGUUGCGGUCCAGUCAUCAUCCAUCCAUUAUAUGACUUAUUAUUAGUAUUAUUCAAAUUGAUCUCAAAUAUUCCAGGCAGUGAAUCAGUCAAGCUUGUUUGAAUUGAAAUCAAACAUUGUUCAAUAUUGUUGGAUACAAAGCGUCUACCAGUCAUUACAGGAAUCAGCAUAGAAUGUCCCUUGGGGGGGGGGGGUGUGAAAGUGUAUUUCUUCACAUUUUCUGGUAAAAUACGGGUGGUCCUCGGGUUCCUAGACUGGGAUCUAAGUCGAGUUUAGUACAGAACACAUGAAGGACAUAUAGAAUAUACUGUAGUCAUAAAAAGUAUCCCUGGAGUUGUGCAGGCUAGUCUGGAAGGAUUGUCCUUGUAACAGCGCACAGACUCCAUGACCCCUCUCGCAUUCAAUAAUUGUUAUCCAUGUUGAUGGUUGUGACAGUGGAGCUGUUGGGACCAAAAGACCUGCCAAUAUUGGUGGGCGUGUCUCCCGUUUUAAAACCAUUAUCCAUCCAUCUAUUUUCUGUGGGGGACAGCCAUCUUGUUCUUUCCUUCCUUUUCCCGUGCAUGGUGUUGGCUUUCCUUUUCUUUGGCGCACUUUGACGCUUGGGAGACGUAUUGAAGUAAAAAAGUUCACUAAGAGUCGGUGAUAUUUAUUCUUCUUCCACAAAAUAGUUCUCGGUCGAGUCUCGUGUUUACAGAAAAAGAGUUUUUGAAAUAAGUUAUGUGAGCGUGCUGGUAACCACUAAAGCCCAUAAAGCCCAUAAAGCCCAUAAAGCGAGGACCACGUGUAUUAGCUGUCCAUAUCUGGAGCCUGUAAGCCAGCAUUGGAGGAUGUACUAUACUGAAGCUUAUGUCCCACCCAGGCUAUGUUAUAUAAAGUUUACGUCAAAAUGGUGCAACUGAUUUCACUGUAGGGUUGGACUCCAGCCUUAAUGUACGAUAUGCUAUAAAAAAAAACCUGAUGUCAACUUUUCCGCACCAGAAUGAGUUGAAUAGACUUGUGUGCAUUGUUUUGUUUUAUUGGAUAAUACUAACAAAUAGGGUUUGUAUGAUCGUAGAAACAUGUACAGUUUAAGGAGGAGGCAGGAAACUGCUGCAUGCUGUCCAUUUGUAGUCGGGGGGGGGGGGACGGAAAGUGAAUUGGGAACGGCUUCUUCUAUUGUAUUCUGUGAUGGAUCCAAACCUGUUAAGGAAGAGUACUUGUUACCACAGUCAACUGAAGAAACGAACACAAUUUGUGUCACUUCAGAGUUCAAUUCUUGUGUUUGAGUGUUGCUAACUAAAAUAGCAGCAUAACACAGACGUCUGUUGGCUGCCCACUUCCAAAUAAAACGUAUCACAGGACUAACGUAAACUGGACGUGACUUUUAUCAUUGAUGGGAAAAAAAAUUGCAGUUUGAACAAGUCCAUUUUGUACAAAAAGUUUGAUUGACUGUUGGACUGAAAGUGGUUCUGAAACUGGUGUAGUUUGUAUAUGAAUGUAUGUCAAUGGUGUCAACCUGCUAAAUGUACCAUGAACAUUACCCGAGGCGUCAACCCUUCAACCCGCGACUACAAGACCAUGUCGAUAGUUUGGGUUUAGGGUUCAAGAUGUCCUCCAUGUGAUGAAAUGACAAUACUUCAAACAUAAAACCUUGAUGUUGACCAUGUUAAAAAGCAUAUUUAACAACAAUGGAUAAGAAUAAGAGAAUGUGCUGCUGAAAUGGGAUCGUUUUUGAUCAACUGUACCCAGCAGGCUUGCCACAGGUUUGGUGUGGAAUCAACACAAGAUGACCAACGUUGACUUUUCUUGUCUGCAGCAAAUGGUUCUUCUCUUCUUAUUCCAGAAUGUAUACGUAUGGCAACAAAUGCCAGCUCGACACACGCUGGAGUCACAGGCAGGAAGAACGGCACGACGCAUAGAAUAUCUGUACAUUCUUAAACCAGGGUAGUCUAAAAAGCUGUAAAUCUUGUGAGCACUUUGGGGCAUUUUUUCUUUUCCUUUGUAAAUACUACUAGCAUUUAAGGUGUCUGGGUUUACAUGUCUGGUUAUAGUGCAAUAUAUUUUGUAUGCAAGCAGUUUCAAUAAAUAAAGGUUGAUCUUCUGAUAACUAAA